AUGGCUAGCUCCUCCGGCCCGAGACGAGGCAUCAACGGCGGCGGCAUGGCGGCGGUGCUCCUCCUCGUGACGGCGCUGGCGGCGUUUUCGGGAGCGGCGGCCGCGGACCUGCCGUUCUCGUGCGGAGCGUCAUCGGCGGAGGCCGCCCAGGGUUACGCGUUCUGCGACACGAUGCUGGGCCCCGCGACGCGCGCGGCGGACCUGGUGUCCCGGCUGACCCCCGCGGAGAAGGUGGCCCAGCUGGGCGACGUCGCCCCCGGAGUGCCGCGGCUGGGCGUGCCGGCCUACAAGUGGUGGAACGAGGCGCUGCACGGGCUGGCCACCUCGGGCAAGGGGCUCCACUUCAAUGCCCCCGGCGGCGUCCGCGCCGCCACCAGCUUCCCGCAGGUGCUCCUCGCCGCCGCCGCGUUCGACGACGGCCUCUGGUUCCGCAUCGGCCAGGCGAUCGGCCGCGAGGCCCGGGCGCUGUUCAAUGUCGGCCAGGCGGAGGGCCUCACCAUGUGGUCCCCGAACGUGAACAUCUUCCGGGAUCCGCGGUGGGGCCGGGGGCAGGAGACCCCCGGCGAGGACCCCGCCAUCGCCAGCCGCUACGCCGCCGCCUUCGUCCGGGGCAUCCAGGGGAACGGCUCCUCGCUCCUGCAGACCUCGGCGUGCUGCAAGCACGCCACGGCCUACGACCUCGAGGACUGGGGCGGCGUGCAGCGCUACAGCUUCGUGCCCCGCGUCACGGCGCAGGACCUCGAGGACACCUUCAACCCGCCGUUCCGGAGCUGCGUCGCCGACGGCGGCGCCACCUGCGUCAUGUGCGCCUACACGGCCGUCAACGGCGUCCCGUCCUGCGCCGACGCCGGCCUGCUCACGGGCACCGUCCGCGGCGACUGGGGCCUCGACGGCUACGUCGCGUCGGACUGCGACGCCGUGGCCAUCAUGCGCGACGCCCAGCGCUACGCGGCCUCGCCGGAGGACGCCGUCGCCGUCGCGCUCAAGGCCGGACUAGACAUCGACUGCGGCGCGUACGUCCAGCAGCACGCCACGGUCGCGAUCCAGCAGGGGAAGCUGACGGAGCAGGACAUGGACAGGGCGCUUACCAACCUCUUCGCCGUCCGGAUGCGGCUGGGCCACUUCGACGGCGACCCCAGGAGCAACGCGUACGGCGCCCUCGGCGCCGCGGAUAUCUGCACGCCGGAGCACAGGAGCCUCGCGCUCGAGGCGGCGCAGGACGGCAUCGUGCUGGUCAAGAACGACGGCGGCCUCCUCCCGCUCGACCGGUCCGCGGUCGGCUCCGCCGCCGCAAUCGGGCCCAACGCCGACGACGGCCGGGCGCUCAUCGCCAACUACUUCGGCCCGCCGUGCGAGUCCACCACGCCGCUCAAGGGGCUCCAGAGCUACGUGACCGACGUGAGGUUCCUGGCCGGGUGCAGCUCGGCGGCCUGCGACGCCGCCGCCACGGACCAGGCGACCGCGCUGGCGGGCUCCGCGGACUAUGUGUUCCUCUUCAUGGGUCUGAGCCAGCAGCAGGAGAGCGAAGGGAAGGACAGGACCAGCCUGCUGCUCCCGGGGAUGCAGCAGAGCCUCAUCACCGCCGUCGCGGACGCCGCGAAGCGACCAGUGAUCCUAGUGCUCCUCUCCGGCGGCCCCGUGGACAUCACGUUCGCGCAGUCCAACCCCAAGAUUGGCGCCAUCCUGUGGGCUGGGUACCCCGGCCAGGCCGGCGGGCUCGCCAUCGCCAGAGUGCUCUUCGGAGACCACAAUCCUGGCGGGAGGCUGCCGGUGACGUGGUACCCGGAGGAGUUCACCAAGGUGCCCAUGACGGACAUGCGGAUGCGCGCGGACCCGGCCACCGGCUACCCCGGCCGGAGCUACCGCUUCUACCAGGGCAAGACAGUCUACAAGUUCGGCUACGGCCUCAGCUACUCCAGUUUCUCCCGCAAGCUAGUCUCCCGGACCAACACGCCGGCGUUCUCCACCGCCGUCCUCACCAGACUAAGGGAGACGAUGACAGGGGAAGAUGGCAGGAGCUACCAUGUCGACAACAUCGGCACCGACGGUUGCGAGCAGCUCAAGUUUCCGGCCACCGUAGAGGUGAAGAACCACGGCCCCAUGGACGGCAAGCACUCGGUGCUCAUGUUCCUCCGGUGGCCCAACGCGACCGACGGCCGGCCAUCGAGCCAGUUGAUCGGGUUCAGGAGCCAGCAUCUCAAGGCAGGGGAGAGGGCGAACCUCAGGUUUGAUGUCAGUCCUUGCGAGCAUUUCAGCAGGGUGACGGAGGAUGGAAAGAAGGUGAUCGAUAGAGGGUCUCACUUCCUCAUGGUUGACGACCACGAGAUGGAGAUCAGAUUUGAGGCUUGAGGUUUAGAUGGUGGGGAAGAAGUACAGCUCGCUCGACACGGCGUGCCAUUCUUUCCUAGUACGAUUUAGGUCUUCAUUGAUCAUUCAUGCCAUAGAAAGUAGAGUAAAAUGUUCACGAUUUACCACGUAGCAAGUUCCAUUUGAAUUCAAAAUAUAAACCUAGAAAUA